AUGUCCCUUGCUGACAACAACAGUCCGCUAAAGCGCGAGGACGCGGUGAGCCUGGAAGACCUCGAGCACCUCUGUUCUCGCGUUCAGAGCGACCCAUGGAACCUGUCUACGUACACGAAGGGCAUCUACAUCGCGGCCCGUCUGAAGCACGAGAAGUACCUUGAGUACUUGCGGACUCAGUGUGUGAAGCACUGUGUGGUAGAGGACCGAUUUUGGCUGUCCUGGAUCGAGGACAAACGCCGCGACAGCAGCGAGGAUGAGCUGAUUUCUAUGUACGAAUGUGCAGUCGACAAUGAGCCGUCUGCUGAACUAUGGGUCGCGUACGCGCGUUUCGAGCGCAAACGCGCUGCCAGUAGUAACAAUUACGCUCGUAUCCGCAACCUGUUCGAGCGCGGUUUGAAGGCAGUUGGCCUGCACGCUUUGGAUGGUCCUCUUUUAUGGAGCGAAUAUCGCCAGUUCGAGCAGGAGCUGCUGGAGAAAUGCAGCCCGGCAGACUAUGGAAGCCAGCUGGAGCGUGUGCGGUCGCUUUUCUUCCGUCAGCUGGCGCUGCCUCUGUCAGGUCUGGCCGACGUGCUGGACGAGUACCGCGUGUGGGAGUCGGAGCUGCCGAAAGAACAUCGCAAGCCUGUGACUGAAGGCGAAUCUAUCCACAAGCAGGGGUAUGACGCGUGGGAGCGUCGCAAAUGCUUCGAGCUGAAGGUGCAGUCUGAGUUCGACGAGAUGUUGAACCCCGGCAACAUGAACAGCCUGUGGAACGACUACUUGAACUUUGAGCUGAAGUGCGGCGACAACGACCGCAUCAGCAUAGUGUACUUGCGCGCUUUGGACGACCUCGGUUACGAGCGCGACGACCUGUGGAUGCGCUAUGCGGCCCACGCGCUGGGCCUGAGCGAGAAGUUUGCGCUUUGGGUGUGCCAGCGCUCGUGCCGCCACAUGCCUCGUUCGGUUAACAUCUGGAUAAACUACAUGCAAAUCGUUUCUAGCAUCUCAUCUUCGAGCGCGGAGGAGCUGGUGGAGGUAUUCGACACUGCGGUGACUGCCAUCACCGACACCAGUGCUUUGAUCAGUCUGCACAUAACUGCGGCCGACUGCCUUCGCCGCUACUAUCCCGAAUCUGUAGAGGCGUUUCGCAGGAUCCUGUUGCGCCAGGAAGACCUGCUUUCGAAGAUGGGCGACCUGACCGACACCAAGGGCACGUACCGCCUGCUGACGUACUGGGGCCGUCAGGAGCUGCGGCUUCUGAUGACCCAGAAAGGGUCGCCAGAUAACUACCUCGAGGUGAUCAAAAAGCUGUUGCAGCGUUUCGUGAACGACGGUCGGUGCUGGUUGUUCGUUAUCGAGGGUGUAAAGAGCCUGGAUGCUUGCGGGAAGUGCGAUGCAGAUUUCCUGUCGUCACUGGUGGCCGCCAUCUGCGGAGUGAUCGCGAUCCAAGUGCCGCCCGAUUCCGAGGUUUCGAGCGCCCACCAGGUGAUUAUGUGGCUAUUCGACACGUCAAUGCGUUUCGUGACCGUCGGGGGCAUAUCGGAGUCGUACAUCGACUAUGCCCAGACAAGCGGCGACGUGGAGGACAUAAAGAGGGCGCACAUGACCGUGGGUAACCAGGUGCACAUCGCAGAGACACGUUGUACGGGCACUACUUUGAGCCUGAACAACAUCAUCUUGCGUCGCGACCACCGCCGUCGCAGGCAGUCGGAAUCCUUUUCUGAAACGUCCUCUGACAGCGGCUGCUGUUCGCAUCGUUUCAUCAAAAGCAGCUGCCGUGUGCGCCCAGAGGGUCACAGCGCCCCCAUUCUGUCUCCCAAACUGUCAGUGCGCGAGGUUGAGUUUGCGACCCGCGCCACGUGGGACGGCAGCGAGAGCGCCGACCCGUCCAUCGCGCCUGCGGUCCCUCCGAGCAUCACGAUGCCGCCUCCACCCCCAUCGUCUUUGAUAGCUAAGUUCGGCACCCAAUUCGCCGUGGUGCCCGGCAGCGUGACCCCGCCAGAUAAUUCCCCUGAUCUGAAGUACGUCUCUCGCUGCGUCAGCACGAUGUCCUCUGCGGGCAGCCUGUCGAUGCUGCCUCAGCCUAUGGUGUCAUCAGCCGGCGACAGUUACGUGCCCGGCGUAAACAAGCGUCCUGCUGAAGACCUAGACGACAUCGGAAGUGUGGAUUCUGAGCGCUUCAGCCGUAUUCAGCUGCUGCUUUCCAAUGACAACGAGGCUUUGAAAUCGUGGCUGUGCGACAGCGGCGAAAGCAAUACGCUGUGGAUAUCUAAGGUGGACGGCGAUUUGGAUGAAUCGUUUAUUCGCUCCAUCUUUACCUCGGCGAAGGGCUUCAAGUCCAUCCGCCUCUUGCCUUCCCGCGGAUCGUGCUACGUCGAGUUCGACAGCUACGAUAACGCCGUGCGCGCGAAAGCGAUUGCGUCAUCCAGUGGGUUGGACCGUGAGCCUUACGACUGCGAGGUGUCCAAGUCGUGCAACACCCUUUACGAGGACAAGGUAUUGUUCGUGAAGCGCAUAUCGGACAUCGUGGCUCUGAACAAGCCGAGGAUAACGCGCGUGUUGCAGCAAUUUUUCUCCGAGCUGGGCCACGAACCUGCUAACAUCCGGUUCCCGUCGAUCGGCUUCGACUGCGAUGGUGAGGACAGCCACAUGCGCGUUCCGAACUACUGCUACGUGGACUUCAAGGAGGAAGACAGUGCGCGCAGCAUCAUAAAUCGGCUGCUGUCGCGUUCUGGGACUCUAUCGUGCUCCAUGGGCGACGUGGCCUUCGACGUGUCUCCGUCGACCGCGAUGUUCCGUAAGCGUCACCGCGCGCGCGGCUCGUGCAAGGAGACCGACAGCGACUGCAUGUACAGCAGCGAGUAG